CUUCUCUCUUAAAGCAAAUGAAGAAGAAGCUAAGAGCCUUCAAAAUCAAAACAAAAGGCUUCUCAUUUUAUAACCAUCCAUCCAUCUUUUUAUUGAACUUUUUUUCUUCUUUUUUAACCUUUCAAUCUCUCUCUCUAUCUCUCUUUCUCUUUCUCUCAAUAAUGGAGAUGAAUGAAGAUUUGGGAUUUGGUGAAAAUCCAUUUAAUGGAAGCUGCUUGAAAAGGCAUUGUUCUUCACAUUUGAUGAUGGAAACAAAUAGGACGAUGAUGAGAAGAUCAGAAGGUGAUAAUAAUGAUCAUGAAGAUCAUGAGUCAAAUGGUUCUUGUGGUAAUUUGAUCCAUAGAGAAAUUGUGUUCCCAUCUACUAUGAUCACUACUAGCCACACCCCUACCAACAACAACAAUUCUAAUGUCUUUUCCUCCCCCAAUUCCGCCUCUUGUUAUAGCAACGACAACGUUUUGGACGUCGUUGAAGUUCUCGACGUUCACCGUCAUCAUCAUCUUACCGUAAUGGCUGAGAGGAAGCUACGAAGAAUGAUAUCAAAUCGGGAAUCCGCACGAAGGUCAAGGAUGAGAAAGAAGAAACAAAUCGAAGAGUUGCAGUACCAGGUAGGACAGUUGGAGGUUUCAAAUCGACAAUUAUCCGAGAAGUUGAUACAAGUGGUGGAAUGCAACCAACAAAUCCUGCAUGAGAAUGCAGAGCUAAAACGAAAAGUAUCAUCACUUCAGAUUAUUCUAACUGAUUUCUUGACGCCAUUGAGAAACUGUGAAGAUGCUUUUGGGAACUCCAUUAUUAAAAAUAAUCGAAGAGCAGCAGCUGAACCAAAUUCUUCCUAGCUCUCUCUCUCUCUCUCUCUCUCUCUCUCUCUCUCUCUCUCUCUCUCUCUCUCUCUCUCUCUUAUACAACUUUAAUAUACCAUGAAGAUGACGAAGAAGAAGAAGAAGAGAAGAUGAACAAAUAUCAUAAUAUAUAUAUAUGUGUAUUUUUCAUCAUGAUCAUUAGCUUAGCUACUUUUCUAAAUCCAAAUUAUCCCAUCAGGAUAUAUAUAUAUAUAAUUAAUUAACUUUUCUUUUAUCAUUGUUAUUUCUUUUCAA